AAGUGAGCAGAGUAUAGCUCAGUGUUGUUAGAGCCUCAGGACAGACAAGCUGGCAGUUACAAGAGAAUUAUAUACUGUUUUAAAUACACCUGUCAUCAUCACCUGUGUUAAAAGCACACUAAAACAGGCCGCAGGUUUUUGCACAGACACAUAAAGACCUGAUGUCAGACCCUCCUGAGUGCUGCAUCUGUUUGGAUGAGCUCACGAGGCCUGUGUCCCUCCCCUGCGCACACGUCUUCUGCUUGGGAUGCAUUGGAGAAUACUGGAAAAUCAGCGAGGCCUGCCAGUGUCCCCUUUGCAAGGCUUUCUUUCCCACCAGGCCACCGCUCAAAACAGACCAGACACUACAGACUGUGGAAGCAGCUGUGCCUUUAAAAGCUGGAGAGGUUCCCUGUGACUCCUGCCCAACAAAAUGCCCCGCAGUCAAAUCCUGCCUUGUGUGCAUGGCUUCAUACUGUGCCACACAUCUGGAAGCACAUUACCAGAGUGAAGAGCUUGGACGCCAUCUACUGGUCAGUGUGGUGAAGAACCUGGAGGACUCUGUGUGUAAACUGCAUGGGAAGAAGUUGGAGAGAUUCUGCAGGAGUGACCGGGCAUUGAUUUGUGCCAUGUGUGCGCAGACGGAGCACAGGAGCCACCACAUAAUUCCUAUCAGCCUGGAAGCCUCAAAAACCAAGGUUCGUCUAAAACGGAGGGGAACAAAACUUCAGCAACGGAUUCAAGAGAGACUGAGUAAAACUGAGAAAAUCAAGCUCACUGCAGACCUCAGUGGAGAAAGUCCAAAAGUGUCAAGGCAAAGAAAUAAGGAGCUCAAACAGCUGGAAGAAGAAAUUGCUGAGCUCCGGAGCAGAAACGCUGAGCUUGAACAGCUCUUGGAGAUAGAAGACAGCCUCCAUUUCUUACAGAGAUCUGUACAGGCAGCUUUAUGACUGGAGGAGCAUGCAGAUCAUCAUUCAACAGUUUUCUCUUGUUCAUGGAAAUCAGAAGAUCACUAUCAUGCCUACAUUUUGUUUUUUAAAUUUAAUAUAAGGACACAGCCAAUAGACUUUCUCUCAGUCUGAAACAUAAAAUCAAUCUAAUUACACCUCAGGCUAGAUAGUUCCCAGGAUUUCCAGUCAUUGUGCCAAUAUAAGCUAAGCUAAGCUUAGCUGCUGCUUACAUCUGACAUUUAAUAAAAAGGUAUGAAUGUGGUUUUGAUGUAUUACUCUGCCAGAAACACAACAAAUGCAUUUUAGAAAAGCGUGUUCCCAGUUCUACUUUAACUGCUUGUGAUAAUGUGAAUUUUAACCAUCCACAGGUUUACAGAAACUGUGAGCUUCAAAAACAGGAAACCUCAGGAAUGCUGGACUUGGUUGUAUGAUUGUAACUUAUGACUGGGUGGAUGAUAUAAUGAAUAAAAUGUAAAAUAAAAAUUAUGCUUAGCGGUAGAUGGGCUUGUUAAUGUAAAACCUCAAUUUCUGUGCAAUAAAUGUCCUUGUUGUGCAAGGGCGUAGGAAUGAGUUUACUAUUGGGGGGACACAUACCGGAAACCUGACAGAUCUGCAAAAUCUGAGCAAAGCAUAAAAAAAUGCUAUUUGAUCUUUUACUUUCUUCUUUUUCAAAUGUUUCUUGGAAAAAUAGUGUCGUGUACACAUAUAUAAUUGCAUGUAUAAUUUACACAUGUAUAUGUUUUAUA